AUGCACGAUGAAGCUCUUCAUUCGGGAGCGCCGGGCACCAGUGCUCUUCUUGUCGACGGGAAAACAUUCACGAUUAAUGGAAAUACUGUCUCCUACCAGUUCCACGUAGAUGGUGACACUGGAGAUCUGCGAACAGAUCAUUUCGGAGGUCCUAUUACUGGGCCGAUCCCAGCGGACCCAAAGCCUCUUAUCAACGGCGUCCCAACAGAGCUGCCAGAUCGUCCAGAAGGCUAUACGGUGUCGGAGUUGAAGUAUCAAGCCCACACUAUAGUGAGAGGCAAACCGGGCCUCCCUGGCCUACCUGCGACAUUUGGUGGCGAGGAGGAUGUGACAACGAUUAUCAUACAUCUAUACGAUGAUAAAAGCCAGGUAGCAGCCGAUCUAACCUACUCUAUUUUUCCCAAAUAUGAUGCCGUUGUGCGAAGCGUCAGUGUUAUGAACCAGGGCACAGGAAAUAUUACAGUUGAGGUGUUGGCCAGUUUGAGCGUGGACUUUGCGGUCCAGGACCUCGAUAUGAUUACUCUCUCCGGAGACCACAUGAGAGAAGCACACCGGGAAAGGAGGAAGGUUGAAAGAGGGCUGCACGGCUUCCAAAACAGUACUGGUUUCUCAUCUCACCUUUACAAUCCAUUCCUUGCGAUAGCCCAUCCAUCUACCACCGAAUCGCAGGGUUCUGCUUGGGGUUUCUCUCUAGUCUACACUGGGUCGAGUGCUGUAAAUGUGGAAAAGAGCUCCCAGGGCCUAACGCGCGUAAUACUUGGUUUGAACCCAGCACAGCUAUCAUGGCCAUUAGCCUCUGGGGAGAGUCUGUCCUCUCCAGAAUGUGUUUCUGUUUACUCUAACCAAGGCCUUGGAGGCAUGUCUCGUGCUCUUCAUGGUCUAUACCGCAACCAUCUGAUGAGGAGCAAGUUUGUCAGGCAGAAUCGACCUGUCCUGCUCAAUAGUUGGGAAGGUCUCUACUUUGAUAUCAAUCACAGCAAUCUCUAUGAGAUAGCUAAAGAGUCCGCAGCAUUGGGAGUAAAGUUGUUUGUCAUGGAUGACGGGUGGUUUGGAAAGGACUACCCGCGUAUUUCAGACGAAGCUGGCCUAGGAGAUUGGGUGCCUAAUCCGCACCGACUUCCUCAUGGCCUCGAUUCCUUGGUAAAUGAUAUCACCGCUCUGAAAGGAACAAACUCAGCGAAUCUAUGGUUUGGUAUCUGGGUUGAACCCGAGAUGGUGAAUCCAAAAUCAAACCUCUACUGUGCACACCCAGACUGGGUCCUCUCCGCAGGGACCUACCCACGCACCGAGCUACGGAACCAGCUUAUCUUAAAUCUCGGCCUGCCAGAGGUUCAAGAUUAUAUUAUCGCAUGCCUUUCAAAUAUCCUGACCAGCGCGAAUAUCUCCUACGUGAAAUGGGACCAUAACAGGUCAAUGACAGAGAUACAAACCCCCAGUGCUGCUCAUGCGUAUAUUCUCGGGUUAUACCGAGUCCUUGAUACGAUAACAACUCGUUUCCCCGACGUCCUUUUCGAGGGAUGUGCUGCUGGUGGCGGCCGCUUUGAUCCUGGAAUUCUACAGUUCUUCCCGCAAAUCUGGACCUCAGACAAUACAGAUGCUGUUGACCGCAUCUCCAUUCAGCUUGGAAUGUCUCUGGCAUAUCCUGCUAGCUCUAUGGGCGCCCAUAUUUCAGCGGUACCCAAUCACCAGAACAAUCGCACUACGCCCCUAGAAUUCCGCGCACAUGUUGCCAUGAUGGGGGGAUCAUUUGGCCUUGAACUUGACCCGAAGAAAUUACUGCCAGAAGAAAAAGCUUCUCUCCCUGGGCUUAUUGCCCUAGCGGAGAGGAUAAGCCCUGUCGUGGUCAACGGGGAUAUGUGGCGACUUUCACUACCCCACGAGUCAAACUGGCCGGCAGUGCAAUUUAUUUCGGAGGAUGCGUCUCAGGCGGUACUUUUUUACUUCCAACUCCAACAACAUGUGAACGAAAUCACUCCGAGGGUAAAACUACAGGGAUUGGCAUCAAAUCGCAUGUACCAGAUCGAGGGCGGAGGGCGAUACUCGGGCAUGGUGUUAAUGAAUCAUGGUCUGAAUUAUUAUUUCGGAUCUGAUUAUGGUAGUAAAGUGGUGAUUUUGACAAAGGAGCCAUUAUGA